AUGCCCACCACCACCACCACUACCACCAGCCACGACGCGGGUCGAGGACAAGUCGACGUCGAAAAUGUCAUGUUUCGUCGACUCAGCGAGGCGAGGAAGAUCGGCCGUCCCUUCCCUGUCGUUUCAGAGUUGCUCUGA